UGGACGCUCAGCUGAACGGGAGACGGGUACGAAUUUAGCGGUUCUUCUCGUCUCAUUCAAGCAGUAGUCGGGCACCACUGACGCAUUUACGCUUUGCCCGGUAUCUUCUGGAGGUGAACAAUAUCAUACACAUAAACAAUAAUGAGGGAAAUAGUUCAUAUACAGGCGGGGCAAUGCGGCAACCAAAUCGGCACCAAGUUCUGGGAAGUUAUCAGCGACGAGCACGGGAUUGAUCCCGCAGGAAACUAUGUCGGUGACUCAGCCCUUCAACUCGAGAGAAUUAACGUGUAUUACAACGAGGCAUCCUCUCACAAGUAUGUCCCUCGGGCGGUUCUGGUGGACCUGGAGCCUGGCACCAUGGAUAGCGUCCGCUCUGGACCCUUCGGCCAACUCUUCAGACCUGACAACUUUAUCUUUGGGCAGACAGGUGCAGGGAACAACUGGGCCAAAGGCCACUACACGGAGGGAGCAGAGCUGGUGGACUCGGUGCUUGACGUGGUAAGGAAAGAGUGUGAGCACUGUGACUGUCUGCAGGGCUUCCAGCUCACCCACUCCCUGGGCGGGGGCACCGGCUCAGGCAUGGGCACCCUGCUCAUCAGCAAGAUCCGCGAGGAGUACCCCGACCGCAUCAUGAACACGUUCAGCGUCAUGCCCUCCCCGAAGGUGUCUGACACUGUGGUGGAGCCCUACAACGCCACGCUCUCCGUGCACCAGCUGGUGGAGAACACAGACGAGACCUACUGCAUCGACAACGAGGCGCUCUACGACAUCUGCUUCCGCACGCUCAAGCUGACCACGCCCACCUACGGGGACCUCAACCACCUGGUGUCGGCCACUAUGAGCGGGGUGACCACCUCGCUGCGCUUCCCCGGCCAGCUCAACGCCGACCUGCGCAAGCUGGCCGUCAACAUGGUGCCCUUCCCCCGCCUGCACUUCUUCAUGCCGGGUUUCGCCCCCCUCACCGCCCGCGGGAGCCAGCAGUACCGUGCGCUCACGGUGCCGGAGCUCACCCAGCAGAUGUUCGACGCCAAGAACAUGAUGGCCGCCUGCGACCCGCGCCACGGCCGCUACCUGACAGUAGCCACCGUUUUCCGAGGGCCCAUGUCUAUGAAGGAGGUGGACGAGCAGAUGCUGGCCAUUCAGAACAAGAACAGCAGCUACUUCGUGGAGUGGAUCCCCAACAACGUGAAGGUGGCCGUGUGCGACAUCCCUCCCCGCGGCCUCAAGAUGGCCUCCACCUUCAUCGGGAACAGCACGGCCAUCCAGGAGCUGUUCAAGCGCAUCUCAGAGCAGUUCUCUGCCAUGUUCCGUCGCAAGGCCUUCCUCCACUGGUUCACCGGGGAGGGCAUGGACGAGAUGGAGUUCACCGAGGCCGAGAGCAACAUGAACGACCUAGUGUCGGAAUACCAGCAGUACCAGGAGGCCACUGCCAAUGAUGGAGAAGAGACAUUCGAGGAUGACGAGGAGGAAGUCAAUGAGUGAAGCAAACAUAGUCCUAGGUUUUCUGUUCUUAAAGUGCAUUUUUUCU